AUGGAACAAUCGGAGGUGUCUUGCUUCCUGUCGUCGAUCGAUUGGGAGAAAGAAUCGAGGACCAGCAGCGCGAAGCCAGGAUCUCUUCGAAGCCGUCGCGUGAACUACAUGCCGACGGGAAGCCAGACAAAGAAGUCAAUCGACGACGAGUUGAAGACGAAGCUGAGGGUUCGCCGGUGGCCGGCGAAAGAAAGGAGGACGUAG